ACACAACUUGUAAAAAUGACACGGUAUUUUGGUUAAAAUUAUUGUUCUCUCUUUUUUCUCUACUUUUAUCAAAUACAUUCAUGAGCUUCAAAAAACACAAUUCUUAUGGAGCAGCAAGUCAUCACAACAGAAAUGGACAAAGAGGUUCCAACAGAGAAAGACAUCAAAGACAGAGACCGAGUUAUGAACAAGAUUCCAUUGACUCACGAGCAAUUCAAAUACUACGACGUAUUCUAAAUGAUGACGACGAUAUCAAUUUUACACACAGAAUCAACAAUACAACUCAACUCGUAAAACUAUUGGAAGAAUCCCGUAAUGCUUCGACUGUAAACACACUUCAAUUUCGUCAAGAACAAAUGAAAUUGCUGGAUAUAUGUAUUCACGAUGAAAGAUUGAGACGUAUGAUUGAAAUGCCUAAAGCUCCUUCUUCAAUGAAGCAAAUGCUCGUGAAAGUUGUAUCUGGUUUAGCUUGUUAUACCCGUUUAGAUCUUGCUCUAAGUUGGAUCUUUGACAGAUUAAGUGUCUGGCCCGACUUGGAUAGAUCUUUAGCUGAUAUCAAAAAAGACCAUGAAUGGAAGAAAUGGUUACUUUGCCUAUUGAAUCAAGUCCUCUUAGAUUCAGCAGCAGACCAAUACACAUAUCGCCAAACAAUGGAAAUGUCACCGACUAUACUAGAAGGAGUCUUGUCCUUUCUGGAUUCAAUGGAAUCAUUUGAAUAUCUACCGACCAUCAUUGAUAUAUUGAUCGUAUUUUCCAAUCAAUACCCUGACUUAUUUGCUCAGCGCUUUACUGAUAUAGUGGACUUGUUAGUAGGAUGGAAUAUGGAUGCAUCAGUACCUGAUUCAAAAAAGUCAAUUAUUAUAUCCAGCUUUAGCAAGUUUGAUCGCUUUUGGAUGAAUGAUUUAGCUUUUGUCAUGGAGCUUCUCAAUCAUUUAUUAACAGAUGUCGAAAGCGCCAUAGGUGAUUUACGAUCACUUUAUAGAAAAGACAUGAAAGAAUAUAGGCAAAGAUGGGAUAGCUGUAUGAACAUAUUCAGUUGCUAUUAUAAUGUCCUGAAAGCUGUCAUCCUAUGCGCUUCAUCAUAUCAAGUUUACAGUGACAAAAACAUAAUAGAAUCACCGCUUGAUCUUUUACUUCCAAAGACGCUGCAUGUUGUUACAGACGCAUUAUCUUUGUUACCGGAUAUCCAUUGGAUUGAAAUGUCUAGAAACAUUCUUUUACUGUUUAUAUCAUCCAAUCCUAUAAAGUAUCGUCGAUAUCAAUAUCAAAUAUAUUUAUAUCUUGGGGAACAAACCGAGUUGGAAUCUUCAGCUGAUCCCUUGAAGUAUAUUGAAGUAUUGAUGAAGUUUUUUGAUUUAUGGAAAUUGGAUAUCGAUAAAGAUAUCCUUCAUAGAAUGCUGGAUGUCAAUAUUUCACCCUUGCUCGCAUUACGACAAAAGUAUCCAGAACACAAGAAAUUGAAAGUACUUGUUCUUGCUUUACUUCGAUCACUGCUUAGAGCAAGAACGUCCGCUGAAUCUAGAGCAAGUAUCAAUCAGAAACUGAUCGAAUAUUUUGAAAAACAAAAGCUGGCAAUGAAAAAACCAUCCAUGUAUGAUGAGAGACUAAAGUCGUUCUCGAGUACAACUGCUUUGCUUGAGCGUAACCAUUAUGACAUUAGUCACAAGAGUGUGGAUGGAGAGAACACUAUACCUGGCAUAAUAGCAGAUAUACAACUCUUUGGUUACCUUUUGUUAGAUAUAGCACGCAUCUGGCCAGAGUAUUCUUUUAAAAACUUGCUAGUUUCAGCAAACAUGCUCUGUAUGGCUUGGGUUUUUGAUCGUUGCGAUGUUUUUGUCUUUAUGCUAAGAAUGCUGUUUGAUUACUGGUCAAGCACACGCUUUAUGCUAAACGAUGAGAAUGCAUUCAAUGCUAUGUGCUGCAUUGUAUCUGAUGCAAUGAACAAUUGGAUCAAACUAACAUUAGAAUCACGUCGGCUAUUGUGCGGUCUUUCUCAAGGCAUAUUGACGACUGUAUGCAACAUGGAGGUUAUUCAAUUUGAUCCAACAAGCCAUUUGAAGCCAAUUAUCUAUGGAUUUAUUUCUGCAGCUAGCAUUGAAAGGAAUAAGGAUGUAAAAGAAAGUAUGCUGAAUGUCAUCACAUAUUACUGUCAACUCUGUGGAUCUGCAGACAUGGUUGAUCCUAUUUUACAUCUCAUACAAAUAAGUAUAAAUGAUCCUUAUUUGAAGAUACAAGAUUCAAGUAAAGACCUAGUCACUUCGCUUAAUCCGUUCUUGAUAUCACAAAUAUCAAAGGUGGAAGACAAUGUUUUAUUAUCCAUUCAGAAUGCCAUCAUGGCCACAUCACACACGGGUACUUUUCGUCCAGUACACUACGAAAUUGUUAUGAAGCACUUAGGAAUGGGAAAACAUUUGCUUGGAAAUAAUGAUACAACUAUUGUGGAUCAAGCAUCUACUACUGAAUGGGCCAGAAGACUGUUGCAUCACUGUGAUACUAUUGGUAACUUAAAAAACACCUUCUUGUUCUCGGAGCUCUGUGAAGACAUGCCAAAGAGUGAAAUAGUUCAUCUGAUGAAUAACCAUGAGACAGUAUUAUACUACUGGGCCAUGUGGGAAUCAGCUAGGUACUGUAUAUUAUCACGUUUACGCACACCUUUUGGAAAUCCUCAACAGACCUUGGCAGCGUUUGAGCGAACGCUGAAUUCACUUAUAACAGAUGCAACAGAACUAGAUUCAAACAAAAGUACCUCCCUACAGUACAUUCUAUUAUUACUUGAUCGAUUGGAGCUUCAAAUAUCUAAUGCUACUGAUGGAUGCGCUACAGGAACCUUACCAGCUGUGCCUCGCCCAAGCCUCGUGUUUUUCAGGACAAACAAAAAGACUUGCAAGGACUAUUUCUCACGUAUUAGGCCCAUGAUGAUCAACGGCGCUAAACUUGUAAGGAACGAACACUUGCUAAUUGUUCACAUAAUUAAGGCUCUAAAAGAAAUGGAAUAUACCAUACCUGCUAAUCCUAUACCUUGGUUCAAGGAAGUGAAUGAAUAUCUGCGUGAUUUAGUAGAAGUUUGUAUUAGGAAAAAAUAUACAGAUAUGAUCAAUGGUCUUCAAUCGUGGUACAAGAAAGUAAUCAGAAAGGCAUGCCAGAUAUCUGGCGAAUUUAAGGAAAAUUGGACAUUUGAAGGAUACAUUGGACCACUGCAAAAAAGGCCCGACAUGGCCAAUAGCUCAACAGUAGGAUCAUGGUUUCAAGUUGCUGCUUAUUUCGCAUAUGGACGCGAUGAACAGGCGAUAAAAUCCUUGUCUCAUCUAAAAGCAAUUGUUGCAACCGACAAUUAUGGAAUUAUAAGGAUGCUUAAUCGCCAGGCUAUUGAUUUCUACACUUGCCUAGAAGAUUAUGACUCUAUCAGUGGCCUACUUGCUUCUGAUCCUAUGGUCGCUGAUGACUAUAUAUGUCAAUCUUUACGUGCCUUUAACUCUGGAGAAAAAAUAGUAAAAGAUCAACAGAAGGUGUUCCAUGACAUGCAGGAAUAUGUGAAAACCGCCCCCCUAGAAACUUGUAUAGAGCUCAGCCGUUUAGACACGUUUAGACAUUGGCUUAUUCCCAAUCUUGAUCAAAAUGAUGAAAUUACUAUGCGAUUGGCUGGCAAAAUGCUUAAUGCUGUCAGAGGUGGUAUAUCCUCAAAUAUUACUAAUUUGAUGGAAUUACAGCUAUUGUACACAAGCUGGGAACACUUAGUGGCUAGCGCAAGGGACUGGUACAAGUUGAAAGCCGAAAAUACAACUUGCCCUGUUUAUGAAACCAAACGCUGGGCUCAUCUUUCUACAUUCUUUGAAAGUUUGUACAACUUGAACGAAGGGGAGCACGCCAAUCCAACUGUUACUCAAUACCUGGGUUCUAUUCAACUGCAUACUGCAAAGAUUGCACGUAAAUACAACAAUAUAUCACUUGCUGAAAAGCUUAUAGAAAAGGCUGCUCAAUUCCCAAGUACAAAAUACAACGCUCUUUAUGAACGAGCCAAGAUUCAGUUUAACCAAUUUGAAUACACACAAGCUAUGGAUACCCUCAACGACAUCUUAUCGCACAUUGUUUCAGCGCCUGAACAUAAGGAGCUGAAAAGCAAGACGUACCGAAAUAUUGCUCGUUAUCUAAAGAGUAGUCCUGAAGAUAAAGUGUCUGGUCUGUUAGGGAAGCUUAAUUCUAACCUUGUGAAGCGUACUGCAACCGAACUGCAGUCUUCUGUAGAGGCAAGUAUCGAUUAUGCUCUUGAAAAAUCAAUUGAAACAGACACUGUUGACGGAAGGCCGUGGUUCGAGUAUGCAACACAUCACUACAAGCAGGGUUGGCGCAUUUUAGAUGAAUUGACCCAUUCAGAAUCUACAAUGACCGUUGUUGUAUGGGCAAAGAAUCAAAUUCAGGCUAAUUUGCAAAGUGCAGAUCAAACAGUAGACGCAAAGCAGACAGAGCAGAUGAUCAUUGAUUUAUUAUUGAAAUACUCUUCAUCUACUGGAAGCAGCAGCAUUUCAUCCAGUCAAUCAUUUAUGAGUAACCUACAUCAGUUAGUUCCAUUCUUAAAACCUGAUAAUGAAGCUGCAAUUGUGUCCACCUUGGAGAAGCUACAAAAGAUAAUAAUUGACAAGUUCCAAGCAUCUGCUCAAGCUUACUUUCGCUAUCUUUCACUGGAUAUACACAUACCACAUCAUGACGAAAUGUCAAAUACUUCCAUGGUCACAACAGCAACCCUUAGACUCUUGCGAAUUCUUUCAAAAUAUGGCACAGCACUACAGUCUGUCUAUCAAGAAUAUAGCGAUACUGUCCGUAUAGACCUUUGGAAACGCGUCACUCCUCAACUCUUUGCCCAACUGAACCACCCUAAUGAGUUUGUACGACAAAUGAUCACAAAGCUCAUUUGCCGUAUAUGUGAUGAGUACCCUCGAGAUGUAAUCUAUGAUGUGAUUGUCAGUUCAAGUUCGUCCAAGACAAACCGUGAUACGAAGCAGAUGUUAAACAAGAUUGCCAAUCGAAUGAUGGAACACAAUGAACUUCUUUGGGUGUCUACUAGUCGUAUGGCAGAGGAGAUUCAAAAGAUGACCAUCUUGGUGGAAGAAGACAUGAUGAAUACGAUCGGAGACCUGCAGUUUGAAGUGAUGCGACAGUUUAAUGAGCUGGACAAGGAGAUUGUCCGAUUGGACAAGUCAGUGCCAGAUGAAGCCAAGAAAGAAAAGACGUUUUUUGAACUGUAUAGUAACCUUAUGAAGCCAAUCAUAUCUACUAUUGAUAGGUUUAUCAAAUCUAUUCAUGGAUUUGAAAUAAGUGAACGAUUAACGCCUCAUCAGCAAUGGUUUGUGAAAACAUACGGAAAAGAUAUACAAGAAGCGUCUACUUUGCUUCAAAAGCCAAAGGGUAUUAAAGAAUAUCGUCAAGGAUGGGAAUGUUUCCAACAGCUACAUCGCUCGCUGAUGGAAGAAACACACAAGGUGCGCAUCCUUGAACUCGCUCAUGUUUCUCCUUACCUGCAUAACUUGAAGAGUACAUCCAUUGGGAUGCCUGGUUAUCAUAACUCUGAUUCCAGCUGUUUUAUCGAAUCAUUUAGUUCUAGCGUUGUCAUUCUUCCCACCAAAACUAAGCCAAAGAAGCUAGACUUUAAGGGAUCCGAUGGCAGAAAGUAUUCUUAUUUAUUCAAGGGCCAUGAAGAUCUUCAUCUUGAUGAACGUAUCAUGCAACUGCUUACUACAACGAAUGGAUUACUAAGUGAAAAUGAAAGAACUGCUUUACGAGGUAUGAGGGCUAGAACAUAUGCUGUUAUCCCAUUAGGCGAUCGAUCAGGUAUGAUUCAAUGGGUAGACGAAGCAACCCCAUUGUAUGCAUUAUUUAAGAAAUGGCAAAAGAGAGAAUCAGCUGCUCACAUCAUGUUGAACAAUGAUAAGCCAAACGAGGCUGUCCUUCAUGCCCUUUCUCUGCGUCCGACUGAAAGUUUUGCUAAUAAGGUUUAUUCAGCACUAAAAGCAGCAGGACUACGCGUUUCCAGUAAUCGAAAGCAUUGGCCAAAGCAUAUCCUGAAGAAAGUAUAUCUCGAAUUACUCAAGGAGACACCCGAAGAUCUGCUAGAGAAAGAAUUUUAUUAUUCAAGUUCAAAUGCUGAAGAAUGGAUCAAUAAGACGACGUCAUUUGCAAGAUCUCUAGCUGUCACUUCCAUGAUUGGUUAUAUCAUUGGCUUGGGUGACAGACAUCUGGACAAUAUGUUGGUUGAUUUUAGAUCAGGUGAAAUGAUCCAUAUCGAUUACAAUGUGUGUUUUGAGAAAGGUCGUCGACUUCGUGUGCCCGAGUUGGUGCCAUACCGCUUAACUCAGAACUUGCAUGCAGCGCUUGGAAUUACCGGCGUUGAUGGACCCUUUAGAACAGCAGCAGAAGAGACCCUCUGUGUGCUUCGAAAGCACAAGGAAGUGCUUAUCACUCUUCUUGACGCAUUUGUAUACGAUCCUUUGGUCGAUUGGGAGUAUGAGGCUGAGGAAGUAGGUCACCGACAGAUGAAAGAGCUACAACGAGGGCUUGGUCUUAUAGCUGCUCAUAUCAACAGACAACAAACUCAACUGGAACAAGAGCAUCAGACAGUCAUACGCAAUAUGACAGCCCUUGAAGAAAGCUUAGACCGAUGGCAUCUGUUUGGUAGUGAAUAUAUGAAUGAAGAAGAAGCUGAUGAGGAAGGAGACGACGAAGAGGAAGAGGACAGUGAUUCAGAAGGUGAUGAUCAUCAGCCAGAAAAUGAUCCUCAUCACUCUGAAAACGAAGCUACGGUGUACAGAGUCCCCACGUAUGUGCUUAACAAAGUAAAUGACCGAAUUCUGUGCGUCAAGUCGGUUGUCAGUAGAUCACGCUCUCCUUUGGAAGGCAUUUUGCCCUUAUUGGAGUCUAUCAUCAUCAUCGAAACAGAUGACGACAAUGAGUUACGACCUGCUCAAAAGGCUGCCAAGAGUGUACUUGAUACGUUGAUAGCAAUGGAAUGUCAGUUAAAGAAGUUGGAUAAGCAAAUUGAUUUAAAUCAAGGUUACGAAUCAGAGUGGACGUAUACUCAAUUAAGCGAUUUUGUAAAACUGAUAAGCAAGCUCUAUGCGGAAUAUGCUUCUUCGUUAAAAAUCCUAGAAGAAUUCGGCCCUGACAAUAAAGCAAGCAGUAAUAUGAGUGUUACUGCAACUACAGAUGAAUUGAAACCGUCUGGUGAAGUAGCUGAUGAAGAAACUGAAUAUGCUGAGGAACAGAAUAAUGGAACGGUUACAUCACAACAGAAUAAACCACUAAAGAAUACACAUGUUGCCAAGAUUAUGAAGAGGAUUAGAUCGAAACUUGAAGGUGUUGAUUUUGGUAUACAACACAAAAUGAGUGUAUCAGAACAGGUAUCCAAGACGAUAGAGCAAGCAACAUCUGUAGAUAAUCUUUGUUUGAUGUAUGAAGGAUGGACAAGUUGGGUCUAGUGUAAUAAUUAGACACGACAAAGAAUAACUCGAGUGAAAACAAAAUGACAAAGUAAAGGA